UGGUAAACCUGAUGCAUGAAGAUAUAUUGGAAAAGACACACCGCAGCGCUCCCAGGGCGCACCGCUCCGCGCUCCUUCCGCGGGGCUGCGUCGGAGUUGGGAGCGGGACGGCCAACGCUGCGGCCGGGCGGGGAGGAAGGGAGGAGGAGGAGGAGGAGGAGGAGAAAGAGCAGGAGGAGGGAGCAGCCGGCAGCACGCACCGGCCGCCGGAGCUGGCCGGGCCGGCGGGGGCUAUUGUGUGCACCAGCCGGGGCCGCGCACACACACACAGACACGCUCCCACACACGCACUCACUCACACCCGCGGCUCGGAAGGAAAGUAUCGCGAGAGCGGCCGGCGAACAACCUGCUCCGCAGCCCCGCCGGCCCCGCGCCGCGCCCGCGGAGCGCCGCGCACCGCGCACAUGCGGCCGCACAGCCCCGCCGCCGCCCGCCGGUUAUGAAGGAAGAAUGGAGUUUCCAGACCAUAGCCGCCAGUUGCUGCAGUGUCUGAGUCAGCAGCGUCACCAGGGCUUCCUGUGUGACUGUACUGUGUUGGUUGGAGAAGCUCAGUUCCGAGCGCACAGAGCCGUCCUCGCCUCUUGCAGCAUGUACUUCCAUCUUUUCUACAGGGACCAGUUAGACAAAAGGGAUAUUGUGCAUCUGAACAGUGACAUUGUCACGGCCCCUGCCUUCAGCCUGCUGCUCGAAUUCAUGUACGAGGGAAAGCUGGAGUUCCACAGCCUCCCGGUGGAAGAUGUGCUGGCCGCCGCCAGCUACCUCCACAUGUAUGACAUUGUGAAAGUCUGCAAGGGCAAGUUGAAAGAUAAAGAAUCGGGCUCGGAGGAGAAGCCAGGCGAUGAGGCGGCCGUGCUGGACAAAGCGGAGCGUUUCCUCGAUGAGUUCGAGCCGGGGGGCAAAGCGAGAUCGGAAUACGAGCGGGCUGUGGGCAAGGAGAAGGUGGGAUCCCACCCCGCCUGGCCCUGCGGCCCCCCCAGCCUCAGCCCGGCCGAGGCAGAGCCCUGCGCAGCGGCAGCUGGAAAAACAAAGGCGAAUGUCAAUAGUUGUGUGGGACCUUUGUCCCAAAGGUCUGCCAGCCGUCCCCCGGUGUCGAGCGAGGCCGACUGCGCGCUGGAUUUGUCUUUCAAACCCGUGCUGGGGAGAGAUUCCUUGCAGCCCUUCUAUGCCUUCGGACAGCUGGCUUCCGACAGCCAGCAGCAGGGCACCGAGCCACUGGUGAAGGAUGAACAAGAGUCGCUGUCAGAGCGGGAGGACGGCGAAGCCGGCAGUCCGGAGAGUCAGCAUUUUGGGAACUCGGCCAAGAGCCUGGUGACAGGGUUAGGACACAUGUUCGCAGGGAAUGGCAGCUCUCACGGCCGGGAGGAGGACCUAGACCAAGAGCGAGAGGAGAGCGAGGACGACAUGGACCCCGCGGACAUCUCUGCGGGCGUGCUGGUGCCUCCGGGGCACAUCUGCAUCUGCCCGCUGUGCAGCAAGGUGUUCCCCAGCCCUCACGUCCUGCAGCUGCACCUCAGCUCCCACUUCCGCGAUAAGGACGGCGCCAGGAGCCGCCUCUCCCCCGACGGCGCGGUGCCCACCUGCACCCUCUGCGGGAAGACUUUUUCCUGCAUGUACACCCUGAAGCGGCACGAGCGGACGCACUCGGGCGAGAAGCCCUACACCUGUGGGCAGUGCGGGAAGAGCUUCCAGUACUCACACAACCUGAGCCGCCACGCGGUCGUGCACACCCGUGAGAAGCCCCACGGCUGCAAGUGGUGCGAGAGACGCUUCACGCAGUCGGGGGAUCUGUACAGACACAUCCGCAAGUUCCACUGUGGCCUUGUCAAGUCUUUGGUUGUUUGAGACGUGGGAUUCUUAUUAUUUUCGCACCCCCCCCCCUACCCUCCCUCGCCCUCUUAAAGCAGGGAAAAAAGGCAGCAUUUGAAUCUUUUUUCCUUUUUUUUUUUUUUUUUUUUUUCCCUUUUUUAUUUUGGUGAUAUUCACUUUUCAGGUAUUUGAUCUUUAAAAGAUGCAGAGGUACACACUCCAGAGGCCUUUCAAUGCAAUUCCGCCCCCCGUUUCCCCAGCCCUGCCCCUCUCGCCUCUCUGCCCCUCAGAUCUUCCCAUGUUCCAUUAUUAAUGUGAAACAAUCUCACUAAUUCUGCAAUGAUUUAGCACCUGUUCUCGUGCUGGAAGUACUCGCUCUGUGGUUGUGGAGGUUCUAUUUAUUUAUUAAGUUUUAUUUUAAGUUGGAAGAAGAAUUGAUUAUCAAUUCUGGAGAAGUGCUUGGAUCCUGUUAAGCUCCCUGAUUCAUCUGCAUGUUGCCCAGAGAUGUUGGGGGAGAUGAGCGAUACUUUCAGUACAUUUCAGUGCAGAGGAAGUUCUCUGUAGUGCUCUCUCCUGAGUAGCUGGCAGCAGCCUUGUGGUGCUGGAGGAAACUCUGGCCCAGAAAGUAAAGGGAGGAGGGUGAGAAUUCCUGGGUACAUCUUUGGUACUGCUCACUUUUUAAAAUUCUCUUCAUUAUUUUGGAAUAGCUCCGCUAUUGAAUGUGAAGGUUUGCCUUCAGGCCUGACUUAUUUCCCUCCUACCUGUCUUCCUCACCUACGGAGCUGUCUGGUGGCCCCAAUGGGCAUGGAUCCAUGCUGUUCCCAGCUGCUUUUAUCCCCAUGUUGACACACAGGGACUGAUGUGGUGGGAACAGCUUUGGGCUGGUGCUGCUCCAGAAGGCAGGAGAUGCCCUGCUGUCUGCUCUGAGAGGUGCCUGCUGCCUUGCUUGGAUCAGCAGCUCAGGAUUUAAUUUAUUUUGAUUUUUCAUGAAGUUGGUGAUCCUUCUGGGCCUGGGUCUGUGCAAUCCCUGAGGGCCGAAUGAAGGGAAACCACUGGAGGCACAGCCCAGCUCUUCCCCCCCAUCCCACCCAGCCACUCACCACCUUUCCAGGGGAGGUUUUAGAUUUAGGUUUUUAUUAUUUUAAAUUCCUGUAAGCGGAGGCUGCCUGUAACCACAACCAGCUUUACUCCAAACGCAACUCAAAGCCUCGCCUGGUAGAGCAUCCUUUAUGUCAGAUGAUUCCCACCCCACUGAGUUCUCCAUUUGAGGUAUGUGUGUGUGGGGCUGAGGUACAUCAGAGGCUUCCGACUGCUGUUCUCCAUUACUGAUCUUCACCAGUUUUCCUGACGCUCCUGGAACUGUUCUGUGAAGCACAUAAGUUUAUUUUUAAAUGAACGUGAAGCACUGAGUUUGACUUUUUUUUUUUUUUUAAUUUUUUAUCUUUUUCUUCUUAAAGUUGUGCUUUAAAUACUGUAUUUCACCUUAUAAAGAGAAGAAUUGCCUAAAGCCUUCCCCCUCUGGUCCAAAACCUGAGCACUACCUACAUGAGUAAUAUGGGAUUUUGGUUUUUAUUUUUUAUAGCUAAGUACUUCCUCUUAAAGAAAAAAUAUGGAGAUAUACUUGUGGCAGCCUCCUCCCAUUCAUCUCUUAAACUAUGAAUGUACAUGUAAUGUGAAAUUUUGCUUCUAUUUAUAGUUUGGGGUUUUGUUUUCAGUCUGAUUUCUCAACUGUAAAAUAUUUUUGCUGAACCUGUUACAUAUGGAAGUCGUGGGAGAGUUCAUUAUCUUAAGUGUCUUUGGUACUGUGGUCUUAUUCUACUUAAUCAAUUUCUGUUCUAUUUCUCCUUUUGUUGCUGUGAUUGGAAAUAGCACUGAACAAAAUCUACUAAAAUUAAGUUAUUUUUUUUCUUUCUACUAAAAUUAAGUUAUUUUUUUCUCCUGAAGAUACUUGAUAUAGUAUUUAUUAGCUUUUUUUUUUUUUUGAAGUGGAGUUGUUACUGUUAAUCUAUUUCAAAACUAGUUACUUUACACUUUAAAUUUUAUAACGGUGGUUUUGCAUGUUGAACAACAUGUAAGGAGUUAUGUAGAGUCAGCAUUACUGGAGCUGGAGAUCUUAAUUUUGCAUCCUUGUUACGCUUUUUGCCUUUCAGUCUUCAGUUUGUUGGUUUUUUUGUUGGUUAUUUUUCCUAGGAGCAUAAAAGAGGGUGUGCCAUAAGACAUCCCUGGUCUAUGGAGCAGGGAAAGGUUGAACCAAGUUUGUGUUUGACGUUAGUAUAGGAAUAACUCAUUAAACUGAUGCUGUGAGCAUACUCUGUACUGCAGUGAAUACAGGACAAAAGUUGUUUUGUUUUUUUUUUUUUUAAAAAAAGGAAAACACAAAAAAGACUUUUCUCAUUCUUUCCUCCAUCACAAACACGUUGUUCUCAUAGUCUGGUAUUUGUGUUCCCACUCGUCAUAGCUUGAAUUUCUAAAGUAAAGAUGUUUGCACUUACUUUUGUUCCUAAGGUGACUUUUUUUUGGCGCUCUCUCUCUCUGUGUCUCCAACUUGGAGCUGCAGUAGCUCUGAGCAUCUCUUCCCAGGGGUUCGUGGCUCUACAGAGAAGUACUCAAACCAUUGCACACUGGGCUCAUCUUUGCAGGAACUCUGUCACUGUGGGGCAGUCUCUGUCUCAGUAGCGGACGGUGCUGCGCUGCAUUUUAAACACUGGAUUUGUCUUCUACUGCAAACAAAUACUGUGAAGUUGAUGUAAAAUCAAACAAAAAAAAAAAAAGAAAAAAAAUCAUUGAUACUUUUAAUUGUUUUUAAUCUUUGGUGCAGUUCAGAUUAAAUAUGUAUAUUUAAAGACACUAAUUUUUUUUUGUGGGAGAGUUUUAUAGUAUACAGUAUGUAGAAAAAGCUAUUGGAAUGGAGUAUAUUUUAUAAGAGCAUUCUAUCACUGUUUUAUAGUGAACUAUUUUUCCUUCAGUGUUAGCGUUGUGCUGUUAGCUUAGGUCUGACAAUCGCAGGGAGAGUGACUUCAGCUGUUGUUAGUGCUUAGUUUUGCGUGGAGUUCUGUUUGCAACUGUAUUGGUAUGUGCUGUACAAUGUGACAAUCGUGGCUAGGAUUGUUGUCUUUACAAACUUCCACAAAAUAAAAUGUGCUAGAGUUGUAAACUUGAGCCUCCUCUUCCCCCUGUAGCGGAAGGGGAGGGUGGUUGGGGUUGUUGUGACGUACAGCUGGUGCUGCUGCUUUUAUUGCGUUUGUUGAAGUUGGAAAAGACCUCUAAGGUCAUCUAGUCCACCUGCCACCAAUAUUGCCUACUGAAGUUGAUGCUCCACUAUUUCUUUUUUUUCAGGGUCGGUGGGAAUUGUAGAUAUGCAAGGUGCUGUGCACGGUUGGAUCCUGAGCCCACAUGGAUGGAGGGAGCUGUGCAGGCACCAAAACCUUGGUGGGUUUGGAAGAGCUGAGCUCUGCCCCGGCUCCUGCUGUCCUGCAGCUGUUUGCCUUCAGCAGGAGCUGGGGUUGGGAGGAGGAAGACAUGAGCUGCGCGCACCAGCUGCUGCUUGCGGGGAGGAGAGGAGCCCACGGAUGGUUUUGCACCUGCAUUAUGUCUUUUAUUGCUUAAUUCUUGUGAGGCAAAGGGCCCUGCUGGAAUCGGGCUGCUUUGGGAUGGUGCUUCUUAAGGGAGGGGCAAAUGAGAGGUGGUUCUGGUGAGCAGGCACAGCUAUCUGCCCUCUUGCUGUCAGGUUGUCGCUCCUCUGCAAUGCUAUCAAAACAGGAAUAUUUCCUGCAUUUAAUUGUGCUUGGUGCAGUCUGCGUGUCCAUCGCCAUCCAUAGGGAGCACUGGGCUGUGUGUCAUUCCUGCAACAUCUGGUUCUGAGGCAAAAAUCUUAGAAAUACUUACAAGUUUGUAUUUCUGCUUUUGGGGAGGGAGAAGGGUGGAAAAUCUCCCCGCAGUUGCUUUGUCUGUGGCAUGUUCUUUAAAUGAGUGGAAGGAGGUAUAACUCACCCUGCUCAAAUCUGGGUGCUGCACUAGGGAGGCAGCAAGCUUUCUUUGGUGGGGAAAGGGGAGGGUCUGGGGGUGGGAGGGAGAAGAAGCAAGAAGAGCUCCUCCUGGGAGAUGGGCAGCUAUAAAUAACUGCACAUAGACUGAGGGGAGCAGCCCACGUCUGUGCUGGUGUGGGCAUGCUGUGCCUUUUUUUGUUGUUAUUGCUGUUGUUAUCAAUUGCUAAUGUGAAUUCUGGCACUCCAGAUCCUGAUGACUGUUGUUCUGAUAACAUAAUUAAAUCUGCGGAAUGUGAAAGAAGAAAUCCAGCUGCUGAGUUGAUGCUGGAGGGGCUGUGUGCACAUGGAGGGACCAAAGGAACCUUCAGAUGCUUCUGGGCGCAGGUUCCUGACUUGCAGGUACACAGGGAGUGUUGCUGCCCUUAGUUAUGAGUGAGGGGUAAUAGCAUAGAAUCAUAAAGGUUAGAAAAGACUAUUAAAAUCACCUAGUCCAAAUCCAACCCAUCCUCAUCAUGCCUGCUGACCAUGUACCUCAGUGCCACAUUUCCAUAGUUCUUAAUGCCUCCAGGAAUGGUCACUCCAUCACCUCCCUGGGCAGCUGUGCCAAUGCCUCACCACUCCAGAGAAGAAAUUUUUCCAACUGCCCAACCUGAAGGGAUGUCUGUCCUCCCAGCUGUGAGGAUCAGUCCUGGAAGGUGCUGGCAAAGAGGGUUCCCACUGCUCUUGUAAAGCUUGGCUCUUGUUGAGAUGAGUCUUACGAGAUGUUUUCAUUUUUAAUUUCUGUUUUCAAGUGACUUCCAGAGAUGAUUUGGCCUUGGGUAUGCAUAACAGUUGCAGUGUCUCUAUGCCAGUGAUAAGGGAAUCCUCCAUGAGAAACAGUUGGGGUUGGGGAGCGUAGAGAGGAUCUCUUGCCCAGCUUGGUGGUGGCACCUCUGCUGUCCAGCUUCUGUGGCUGUCAUUGUGUCUGAGCUUCAGUUGCCUUUAAGUAUUCUUCUGUGCCUUCUUGCUGAGGUAUGUGCACAGAAGAACAUGAAGCAGCAGCUGUUAUCUGAGGAAAUCAAUGGCAGGUGUGACCCAGCAAAAACAGCCUAUGUAGAACAAAGCUGGGCUUGAGUGAAAUGGAGUAUGGUGAGGUUGGUGUGUGAAAACGCCUUGCCCUGAGAGGAGAAAGAAGAACUGUGCACACAGUGACCUGCUUGGGGAACAUUUUGUCUCAAAUUACUUGCUGUUUGGUACUGAGAAGGACUGGACUGGAAGUGCUGUGGAUUGAGCAACUUUGCACAGAGAGGUGUCUUUCACCACAGUGCAUCCAAGGGCUGCUGCUCUGUUGCCCAUGCAUGUGACUGAGGUGAGGACGAUGGCUGAAAAAGAAUGUAGGGCACUUUCCAAGCUUGUACCUCUGCCUUCUUGACUGGUUCUUUUCAUCCCGAUUAAAAAAUAAAAAAUAUCACUAGCACUGUUGAAUAGGAGGAGAAAGAGCAAACAGUUCAGUUAUUGUUACCUGUUUCCUGUUUGUUAUGCUCUGUCAUACAGCUGCACACUUCUGUACACAGCUGCCUCCUGGCUGCCUCCUGUGUCCUUUUAGAAGGAGCUGUUGCAGAAAAUAAAAGUGCUUGCUAACCUGACUUUACAAAUAAAGACCUAUUACUGCAGAUGAA